AUGCUCAAAACUUCAAAACUUGAAACUAGAUCAUCUGGGAACAGUGAUGAAGCAUUUCAUCGUACUGGAUCAUUUCGUCGUGUCAUACCUCCAGGGAAUGAUACUACUGGUAUAAGUGCAAAAAAAUUAAUACCAGGAGUGUAUGUUAUACCAGCUGAUAAAACUCCAUUCAUAUGGUUUGGAGUAAUUUUCCCGAGGUAUGGGCUUUAUAAAAAUGGAGUUUUUCGUUUUCGUUUACUUAUAGAUAGUAAAUGGCCAAAUUGUGAUUGUCCCAAAGUGAUAUUUGAGACACCUCUAUUUCAUCCAUUGGUCAAUCCAGUUAGUGGGGAAAUGAAUAUUCAAUAUCAUUUUCCAGAAUGGAAAAAAGGAGUUAGUCGUAUUUGGCAUGUAAUAGAUCAUGUAUCAAAAUCAUUUUAUGAUAUACCUAGAACUAAAACUCCUGAAAAUUCAGAAGCUGCUGAAUUAUUAAAAACAGAUAAUGAGAAGUAUAUGAAAAAAUGUGAGGACUGUGUAAGACAAAGUCAAGUUGAUAUAUAUAAGCAACCAAAACUUUCAGAGAAUAAUGAUCCAAAUUAUUUGCUAUUCGAUAUUUAUGACGAAGAAAUUCAUGGAACAAUAAGACGUUCAUGGCUCCAACAAAAAGAAAAUGACAACAAGUCUCAACAUUUAUCUUGGGUACAACCUGGAUCUUUAGAACCAUUUUCUCGGCCAAAUACGUAAACAAUUAAAUUGUUAAAUCUAAUAACAAUCAACAAAAGUAUUAAUAUUUGUAAAAUUGUACAUACUAUAAUAUUAAUAUUUUAAUUAUUAUUAUUUU